CUCUUGGACUGUAACUUACGUUAAAAGUCUUAAACCUUAGAUAAAUAUAUUAUAUUUUUAUCUUAUUAUUGAUAAGUUUAUACUUAUACCGCUUUAGAUUAGUCUUUAAUAUUUUGUCUAAGAGUUAAGGUGCCCUCUACGAUGUCUUCGACCCAUAUAUUCAACGUUGAAAUGACUUGUGAAGGCUGUUCUGGUGCUGUCGAGAGAGUACUAAACCGAUUAAAAGGCCAAGGAGUGGAUAACAUCUCAAUUUCAUUACCAGAUCAAAAAGUUAUAGUAACUUCAACUCUAACUGCAGAUCAACUGCUUGAAGUAAUAAAGAAAACAGGGAAAAAAACCACAUAUGUUGGAACACAAUAAAAAUAAUAACCCUAAUAAUGGCAAGUUGAGAGUGUAUAAAGUAUAUGUUGAACGAUGAAACCAACUAUUAAUCAAAGAAAUAUGUUAUAUGUUUAUACCCUACCAUGUAAUUUAUUGUUUAAAGUGGAUAGUUGUUUAUAAGUAUAUUUUAUUGUUAUGUUUUAAAAAGGUAUACAUUUUCUUUUUUGUAUUAUAACUUUGAUGCAGCUUUACAUCAUUUAUGGGUAUUAAUGAUUGAAUGUCUAAAGUGUAUGAGCCAGUAUUUUUAUGAAUAAAUACUUUAUUUUUUAUA